ACACGGUCGAGCAGACAUGGACUUUCUCAAGUCUGCCGUCGCAUCGGCCAUCUCAAAGGGCCCCGCCUUCCCCUAUUCGUUUGGCGAAAGAGUCGACAUCGAUCAGUCUAUCUGGACUCUCCACAACGGCACCAAGAGGGAAGAUGGCUCUCGAUGCAGCAUCCUCUCCUUCGACGUGACGGCCAACAAAUCUCGCCUUCCACUUGCAAAGAACGCAUUGCGCAAGUUCCGCACUCUUCGACACCCUGGCGUAAUAAAGGUCUUGGAUACUGUUGAGACAAAGAGAAAGGCCGUUUCUGAGGAGAGCAUCAAAUGGGGGCUCCACAAUGUUGCUGUGAGCACCACCCCAUACUGGAGACCUUGUCACCUGCUGACACCUAUCUGUAGANAAACCCUUGCCUUCAUCAACGAGGAAGCCACUUCGGUACACGGGUGCAUCCGCACCUCCUCAAUAUUCACUACCGACAGCGGAGAAUGGAAGCUGGGCGGUCUGGACGUCUUGAGCUCCAUGAAGGAAGAUGAGGCCGUCAUCUAUUACGCAGNNACAUAUGGAAGCCUCACACCUGAUUCAGGGCGCUAUGCCCCACCCGAGGUCGCCAAAGGCGGUUGGGACAGCAUCAAACGAAACCCUGUGUCUGCUGUCGACUCUUACGAUUUCGCUAUUCUUGUCAUUGAAGUCUUCAACGGGAGUUUCUCGGGAAGUGAUCAGGUCGGUCAGACCAAGGGCAUUCCUGUUAGCAUGCACGCUUCAUACAAACGUCUGGCCCAUGCAAAUGCCAAGAUCAGACUUAGUAUCGCCCAUUUCUUGGAACAAGGACGGAAGUCUGGCUCGUUCUUUGACACUCCGCUUAUUCAAUUGACCGAUGGCAUUGAUAAUCUGGGGCUAAAGACUGAAACCGAGCGCGAAGAGUUCCUUCGAGUCAAGGUCCUUCCUGAGCUUCUCAAGUCCCUCGAAUUUGGCGGUGGAGGUCCCAAGGUCUUGUCCCUUGUCAUGCGUAUUGGCAAANAACUUUCAGACGAAGAGUACGAAUCGACCAUUACACCGGUAGUUGUCAGACUUUUCAGUAGUCCAGACCGCGCGUUGCGGGUGUGCCUUCUUGACAAUCUACCACACAUGAUCGAUCAUCUUCCUCAAAAGAUUGUUAACAACAGCAUCUACCCUCAGAUGACUGUCAAGGCAGUCUUGGUCGUGGUUCCAAAGCUAUCGGAUCGCAUUAUUAAUGGCGAACUCCUGCGGUACCUAGCUAAGACCGCAAACGAUGAACAGCCCGGCAUCCGAACCAACACGACUAUCUGUCUUGGAAAGAUUGCAAAGAACCUUGGCUCUAGCGUUCUCGUUGCUGCAUUCUCAAGAUCUCUCAGAGAUCCAUUUGUCCAUGCACGGAACGCAGCACUUUUAGCCCUAUCAGCAACGGCUGAUCUGUUUACGGAAGACGAUUGUGCGACCAAGCUGCUUCCAGCAAUCUGUCCGUCGCUUGUAGACAAGGAGAAAAUCAUUCGAGACCAAGCCAACAAGACUUUAGAUUUGUACCUUCAGCGCAUUCGCAAAUAUGGCCAGACUCUGCCUGAUAGUGUACUGCCGCCACCAGAAGCUGCUGGCUCGAACGCGCCACGCAUGAGCACCCCACAACCAGGGGGCGCGGGAGCAGGGUGGGCUGGUUGGGCUAUAUCGUCUUUCACGAACAAGCUUGCAACAGCCAGUGGAGAAAUCCAACCCAACAGCAGUGCAGCAACAGCAGCCGGCUCGGAUAGGCCAUCCUCCACUCCACCAGCAAACCCGAGUUCGUCAGCUGCUCAGUCUCUUCCUGUUGGUCAAACUCGACCUACACCAANNCUUUUCUCUCCUUCUGCGCCGACAGUGCCUAGAGUGUCUUCGGGCCUACGCAACGCAACCNCCACCAUGUCUGAUGUGGAUCAGGAAGACUUUGGUGAUGACUGGGGCGCAAUGGAUGAUGACGACGGUGCCGCCGACGCAUGGGGUGAGGUAGCAGACAGCGCACCGCCCGUGGCAUCUACCAAAGCUACGACUGCAACCUUCGACGAUGGCGGUGAGCCCGACUUUGAGGGCUGGCUGAAUGCGCAGGCACAAGCCAAGACGAAAGCAAAGAACCCUCUCCCCAAAGGUCUUGUGAAGAGCAAACCAGUAUCUGCCGUAGCACCAAAGCCGAGCGUAGUCAGGAGUUCGUCUGCAUCAGUCACGACCAAGGCCAAGCCGGCACUCAGUAAGUCGGUGAAGCCUGCAGCUAAGGAAGAAGAGGAAGAUGACUGGGGCUCAGCAUGG